UUACAGCCAAGAGCCUCAGUCAUCUGUCUGUUUCUACAUAAACAAACAUCAACCUGGGGAUGGACAAAGUUCCUUAGGUCAUCGUUUGAUCACCACCUUAGAUCACCAUCCGACAAUAUUUAAUAACCGUUUUACACAUUUUUACUAAGCGCUUACUAAAGGUUCUUUAGCUGUAGCCAACGGGAUUCUGUAAACUUUUCCUGCUGUACACAUUGUCAAACUGUGGCUUUACAGAUAGCCAGUCGAGCUAGCUGGCUAAGCUUUCCAGUGGAUUUCCUGAUAUAAAUUCAAUAGCAUCCGCAGCAUCCAUAUCCUGUAAAUGGGGAACAGUGCGCUUAAAGCUCAUUUGGAAACAUCUCAGAAGACUGGAGUCUUUCAGUUGACCGGAAAGGGUUUGACAGAGUUCCCAGAGGAGCUGCAGAAACUGACAGGAAACCUGCGGACAGUCGAUCUGUCCAACAACAAAAUCGAGGUGCUUCCAGCAUUCAUUGGAGGCUUCCAGCAACUCAAGAGUCUUACCAUAAGCGGCAAUAAACUAACCAGUCUACCAAAUGACAUCGGGAAACUCAAGAAGCUGGAGACUCUUAUUUUAAAUGGAAACCAGUUGAAUCAGCUGCCUUCAUCGGUGGGUCAGCUGAAGUCCUUGCGCACCCUGAGCCUUUCUGGCAAUCACUUUAAGGAGUUUCCUGGUGGACUCGGCACCCUUCGCCAGCUCGAUGUUCUGGACCUGUCCAGGAAUAAGAUCCAGGUGGUUCCCGCAGAAGUGGCUGCACUGCAAGCCAUUGAAAUCAACCUCAAUCAGAACCAGAUUUCAACCCUGUCUCCAGAGGUGUCUCAUGCUCCCAGACUGAAGGUGUUACGGCUGGAGGAGAACUGUCUGGAGAUCUCCUCUAUCCCUCUCUCCAUCCUCUCAGACUCCCAGGUGUCCCUGCUGUCCGUGGAGGGCAACCUCUUUGAAGUUAAAAAGUUGCGUGACCUAGAAGGAUAUGAUAAAUACAUGGAACGUUUCACUGCAACCAAGAAGAAAUUUGCAUGAGCAGUUGGAGGCUUGCUGCACCUGUCCUCUGCACUGGGCUUACCGUAGAAAGGUUUCAGCGCGGCUGCUUGCGCGAACGGCAAAACGGGAAUGUAAAAAUGGUGAAGAACGCUUCAACUCAGUAGAAAGACGGCUCAGAAACCCCAGCCCCGCUGCUCAUCGCACUACAAUACAGCAGUGCGUGAACCUUGCAUUACUCUUUCUUUUGCAAAGAUUUUAUAAACAGAAACACAAUGCAGACUCGGCCUCAUGAGGACAUUUACACUGGAGAAUGGUUUAUUGUAUAUUCAAGUGCACUAAUGCCACGUCAUUCUUUCAGAGAAGCUAAUGUAACAACUAACUAACAUAUUGUACGUAGUAUGUGCUGUUGCUCAACAUUUAUUGAUUCACUUAUUUUAAAGCAUUAGAGACUUUGUAUGUCUAUUAUUUGAUUAUUAGAACAUUGUUUUGGGCAUCAAUGAGGUUUUAUCUGUUUGACAGUAUUCGGAUUGAACUGUGAUCACAAAACUUCCGUUAAAUAUUUGCUGUGAUAUUUAUGAAGUAGCCGUUUUUUUUCCUACAGCAAAGGCUGCAUAUGAGUUUCAAAGUUGAUUACCGUCAAUAAAAUGCCGGUGGAUAUUUAUAUUUAUAACGCAACAUUCAGUUUUAAUGCAGUGCAUUUGCCUUUACACAUUUAUACAAGCUGCAUGUUUUCUUACCAUAAAAAUGUGUAACUCAGCAUUUUAGUGAAGAACUGUAUUUUCAUGCAGUUUGAGAUCUACAUCUUUUGUUCUUUAUGGUCAUGUCUAUGUAUCUGUCUAUUACUUACACGCUUGAAUGGCAUCUCAUCUGUUCAAAGCUUAUUCAAAAAUGAAACUUCUGUGAUCAUUAGUUGUUCCAAAUCUGUAUUCUUAUACCAGUUGACAUCCGUAGUAUGUGCAAUGCUGACAGAAAUUUCAUUUUUGGGUGAACUCUCUCUUUAACCUAGUGUUUCUCUCAGUGAAUGAAUAUAUGCACAUUAAUGGAAACGUUUUAAGCGUCUGAAUUUUAUAAUCAGAAAUGUAUUACCCAAAAGCAGUCACGAGUGACUUUUACUGUAAAGCGGCAUUUGUAAAAUUCAUAUUCCUUCCUCUCAAAAUACUAUGCGACUACAUUCUUUUCAUGCUGCAACAUUUAGCCACAGAAUAAAGCUUGCACUGUAUUAAAAUACAGCAUCAUCAAGCAAAUUGUACAUGAAUGUUCUCCUCAGGAUGAAUAAAGUACAUGUAUCUGUCUA